CUUCUAUGGCAAACCGUGUUCCAUCCUCCGCACUCACGUCUCGAGAUCAAGGCAAUGAUCUUACUUUGUCUCUGGCCUUUUCCGACAUCUUCAAUGUCGACAGAUGCCUCGUAUAUUCUGGCAUCUGUGAUGAAAACCAGUGCAAUGCACGUGGGAAUCCACAAAUCGCAGUUCGUGCAAGACUUUUCGCGGUCCAAGUUUCGAUUUAGCCUGGAAGAACUAAAUGAAGCCUUGACAGUUUGGUCGGCCUGCUUCAUAGCUGCCGAAAGGUAA